CUAUAAAUAUAAUAGAUGUCCAAUUAUUUUCGCCCUCUCUAGCUCUCUGAUCCUUCCCCUCUCAUCCUUUGCUGCGCCGUCUGUUGGAGCGAUCCGAGGGAGACUCUCUGCAAACAUGCUUCUCUAUCAGGAUCUUCUUAGCGGAGAUGAGCUUCUCUCGGACUCGUUUCCAUACAAAGCAAUCCAGAAUGGAAUACUAUGGGAAGUUGAAGGAAAGUGGGUUGUUAAAGGAGCAGUUGAUGUAAACAUUGGUGCAAACCCCUCAGCCGAAGGUGGUGAUGAAGAUGAAGGUGUCGAUGAUCAAGCUGUCAAGGUUGUUGACAUUGUUGACACCUUUAGGCUCCAGGAGCAACCUGCUUAUGACAAGAAGCUGUUUGUUGCCUUCAUGAAGAAAUACAUCAAGUCAUUGUCAGCAAAGCUGGAGGGGGAGAAGCAAGAGGAAUUCAAGAAAAACAUUGAGGGAGCAACUAAGUUCCUCCUUCCCAUGCUCAAAGACUUCCAAUUUUUUGUGGGGGAGAGCAUGCAUGAUGAUGGCAGUGUGGUUCUUGCUUACUACAAAGAUGGUGCGACUGACCCAACAUUUUUGUACUUCGCCCAUGGGUUGAAAGAGGUGAAGUGUUAAGAGAUAAUGCAGGCGGGAACCGCCGGCCUCCUGUGCUUGCUGCAGUUCUAUUUUUAUUGUUAUCAGUUUUCUUUUGCCUUCUGGACUGGCUUAGCGUUUGGCUUUUAGGCACUUGAAGUUUGGUGUUCUAAUUUAAUGUCAAUUCUCCUUAAUAUUAUAGGAUGCAUUUUAUAGUUUUCUGAGCGUUUCUGGUUUUGAUUUUAUGGAGAAAUAAAAUUUCCAUUGUGUCACAAA